AUGGUGUUUAUGUUUGUCGGGAUUCGGGCAAUCCUACUACUACUCAAACGUCAAAAGUCAUAACCGUUCAUUACAAAGCACUUUUGAAUAGUUUUUGAAAUAUAGUUGUAUUUUACAUUCAAAAGAAAAUGGAAUGUCUUAUAGGAAUAAGAUGUAGAGAUUUUGUCAUGCUAGCUGCUGAUAUGACUAAUGCUCAUAGCAUUAUGGUAAUGAAGACAGAUGAAAAUAAAUUGUUCAAACUAUCGAACAAAUUGGCAUUAGCAGUAUCGGGAGAACAAGGAGACUGUGUUCAAUUCGCAGAAUAUAUAGCUAAAAAUAUUCAGCUCUACAAAAUGAGAAAUACUUAUGAACUGAGUCCCAAAGAAGCUGCUAAUUUCACACGUAGAACAAUGGCAGAAACCCUGAGAAGCAGGAGUCCCUAUCAUGUUAAUCUACUAAUGGGAGGAUAUGAUGACGAAAAAGGAACUCAACUUUUCUAUAUGGAUUAUCUUGCAUCCUGCUCUUCCUUGGAUUAUGCUGCUCAUGGGUAUGGUGGCUAUUUCUCUAUAGCAAUUUUGGAUAGGAACUAUAAAGAAAAUAUGACCAAGGAAGAAGCCUAUGAUCUAAUGAAGAAGUGUGUACAGGAAGUUCAUAAAAGGUUAAUCAUUAACUUGCCCAACUUCAAGGUCCAAAUUAUCAAUCAAAAUGGAAUUCAGGAUUUACCUAAUAUCACCCCAAACAACUAAAUUUAUAUAGAAUUAAUUCAUAAUUAUGAGUUGGAAAAAUAAAAUUUCGUUUGCUAAUA